AACAAAAACAAAAACAAAAAAAGUAAAAAAGAAUGAAGGAAUGGCUAUCUACGUACGUCAUGGCUAUCUACAUCUGCUAAUGGCAUUCACCAUCUGGGUGUACAAGGUUGUGUUUGUGUAUGAGCACUGACAGGUAAGUGAGCUUUUCAUGUCUCUAACUUUUCCUUGCCCAGUCACUACGUAGAUUCUUCUGUAAAUCAUCAAUAGAACAGGCAAGAGAGGACGGCGAAGAAAUUUCUCGUUUACUAACUGUUUGCGGAUGCGACUGCAAAGAUGUUUUCAAGGGAGUACAGUGUAAUUGGACAGACUAUAUACAAAAUAAAUUUCGCUCGGAUGAGUUCUCUGGCACAACAAUGGACUUUCUGAGAUCAAACUCUUGGACGGUGGGAGAAAGAAUCUGCGCGGCGUUUGUACCAUUUAUAGCCAUAAUCGAGGCAUUGAUAUUGGCAGUGACCGAUUGCUUCAGCCACCGUCCCCGCCCAAGGAAAGCGGAACGCCGACUCAACUACGCGGAUCUCUCUCGCCUCGCCGAUGAGUCAAGAUUUAGUGUUAAUGAAGUGGAGGCAUUGUUUGACCUGUUUAAGAAGUUGAGUAGCUUAAUUACUGACGAUGGUUCAAUUCACAAGGAAGAGCUUCGGUUAGCACUGUUCCAAACUCCAUAUGCCGAGAAUAUUUUUCUGGAUCGGGUUUUUGAUCUUUUUGAUGAAAGAAGAAAUGGUGUUAUUGAGUUUGACGAAUUUGUACAUGCACUCAGUGUCUUCCAUCCCUAUGCCCCAUUAGAAGAAAAAAUUGAUUUUGCAUUUAGGCUGUACGAUAUGAAACAAACAGGAUAUAUCGAACAAGAAGAAGUCAAACAAAUGGUAAUUGCCAUAAUGACGGAAUUAGACAUCAAAUUAUCAGACGAACUUCUUCAGGCUAUCAUUGAUAAGACAUUUGCUGAUGCUGAUUUGGACGAGGAUGGUAGAAUCAGUAAAGAAGAAUGGAAGGCUUUUGCCAUUCGGCAUCCAAGCCUCUUGAAGAACAUGACUCUUCCUUAUUUGAAGGACGUCUCCACUAUCUUCCCAAGUUUCGAUUUUAACAAUGAGGUUGAAGACUGAGAAGAGAAUUUGAAAGCAUUUUGUUCACAUUCAGUUAUGUACAGAGCUGCUUUUAAAGUUUUAAUUCAGCACAGUUUGUUGGAAUUUUACUUUCCGUAUGAUUUUGACUUGUUACAGAUUUAAGUGGCUGGAAACCUGUUGCCGGGAUGGCUGCAUCAUGGUCGCUUAGAGCCAAGUUUGUUUUUGAUGUAAUUUGGACCCUUGCUAGAAAGUAUGUACAAUUUAGCUUGAGAUUACGAUAGAUACCAAUGCAUUUUCGUUUUCUCGUAA